AUUGUCCGUUGUCGAUGAAUGAAUGAGUGGAAAAAAACGAUCAAGUUGUCGUUGUCGUUGGUUUUUUCGAUUCAUUCGUCGAUUGGUCGUCCAUCAGUUCACAGUUCUCCGAAUCUUUUUCUUCAAUUUCAUUUCUUUGAUUAUUUUAUUGGAAGAAUUCAAAAAACUCUAAUAAAUCUUUACUGUUAUUAGAGUUUGAUAUAAGCUUCCGAUUUUUUUUGUUAUCAAAAUUUGAAAUUUCUUUUAUUAUUUGAUCAUCAAUUCAUAUCUUUUUCGUUUGUUUUAUUUUGUGUGUGUGUGUGUGUUUGCUUGCGAGUCUUUCAAAUUAGAUAUAUACUACACAGGUAUAUUCAUCAAUACUCUAUUCUCAUUUGAUUGAAAUUUACGUUUUCGAACAAAAAAAUCAAAACAAAAUGCGUGAAUGUUUGUCAAUUCAUCUUGGCCAAGCUGGCGUCCAAAUGGGCAAUGCUUGUUGGGAAUUGUAUUGUCUUGAACAUGGUAUCCAGCCUGAUGGUCAAAUGCCAUCCGAUAAGACAGUUGGCUGUGGUGAUGAUUCAUUUAAUACGUUCUUCAGUGAAACUGGUUCUGGCAAACAUGUACCACGUGCCGUUUAUGUAGAUCUAGAACCUACUGUUGUUGAUGAAGUUCGAACUGGUACCUAUCGACAAUUGUUCCAUCCAGAACAAUUGAUCACCGGCAAAGAGGAUGCAGCUAAUAAUUAUGCCCGUGGUCAUUACACUAUUGGCAAAGAGAUUGUCGAUCUUGUCAUGGACCGUAUCCGAAAAUUGGCAGAUAAAUGUUCUGGUUUGCAAGGUUUUUUGAUUUUCCAUAGUUUUGGUGGUGGUACCGGUUCAGGUUUCACUUCAUUGCUUAUGGAACGUUUAUCAGUUGAUUAUGGUAAAAAGUCAAAACUUGAAUUUAGCAUUUAUCCGGCUCCACAGGUUUCGACCGCUGUUGUUGAACCAUACAAUUCUGUAUUGACAACGCAUACAACUUUGGAACAUUCGGAUUGUGCUUUUAUGGUCGACAAUGAAGCCAUUUACGAUAUUUGUCGACGAAAUCUGGACAUUGAACGACCAACAUAUACCAAUUUGAAUCGACUUAUUGGCCAGAUUGUCUCAUCGAUCACUGCUUCGCUUCGUUUUGAUGGUGCUUUGAAUGUGGAUUUGACCGAAUUUCAAACUAAUUUGGUGCCGUAUCCAAGAAUUCAUUUCCCAUUGGCUACUUAUGCUCCAGUUAUCUCCACCGAAAAGGCAUAUCAUGAACAAUUGACCGUUGGUGAGAUUACCAAUGCUUGUUUCGAACCACAAAACCAGAUGGUAAAAUGCGAUCCACGACAUGGCAAAUACAUGGCUGUUUGUUUGUUGUAUCGUGGUGAUGUUGUACCGAAAGAUGUUAACGCAGCCAUUGCAUCCAUCAAAACCAAAAGAUCAAUUCAAUUCGUGGACUGGUGCCCAACGGGUUUUAAAGUCGGUAUCAACUAUCAACCACCCACUGUAGUUCCAGGUGGUGAUUUGGCUAAAGUACAACGCGCCGUUUGCAUGUUGUCCAACACAACAGCCAUCGCUGAAGCAUGGGCUCGUUUGGAUCAUAAAUUUGAUUUGAUGUAUGCUAAACGUGCUUUUGUUCAUUGGUAUGUCGGUGAAGGCAUGGAAGAAGGUGAAUUCUCUGAAGCUCGUGAAGAUUUAGCUGCAUUGGAAAAAGAUUAUGAAGAAGUGGCAUUAGAAUCCACCGAAGCUGAUGAUACUGCUGGUGAAGAAUAUUAAACACAUACAUUUCUGAUUAUUUGAAAUGAUGAUUAAAAUUUAUAUAUCUUACCCCCGUCCAACCAGUAUCUCAAUUUAAUCAAAAUUAAAUCUAAAAAGCAAUGAUAAAUUGAUUUCAAGUGCAAAUCUCAAAAUUCAAACAAAAA